UCUAUCUCGCAUGCAAGUCAGUAGUCCGCAGAAAGUCGUGCUUGGCAAAGGCUUAUCCGCCGUGUCCGAAGCCUCGGGUGACCUGCCGCCGCUGGUGGAUCUCACCGGCCAGGUACGUAAGACUGACCCGCAGUCUGUGGGCGGUGGUAGCUCUUCCGACGUCUGGAAGGGCGUGGCGUGGGAGACGAGGCGCGUUGCGAUCAAGGGGCUAAGAGAUCACAAGGCGACGCCAGAGCGUAUUCAGCGACUCGUGAAAGAAGCAGAACUAUGGCGCAACCUCAAGCAUGACAACGUUCUUCCUUGCUUCGGUCUCGCGAGAGAUCAGUGUCCUACUAUUGCACUGGUCUCCCCGUGGAUGGAAAACCAGAGCUCGGUGAACUAUAUCCAGAAGAACCCGGGUUGUGAUAGACGCCGAAUUCUUCGCGGCACGGCCAGAGGACUGGAAUACUUGCAUCGUAAUAGCGUGGUGCAUGGUGACCUUCGCGGAAGCAACAUCCUCAUUGACGGGAACGGCGACGCGAAGAUAUGCGAUUUUGGUCUAGCAGCUGUCGGAUCGGACAAUAUCGGCUCGACCUCGAUUGCGGCAACUGCGGCUCGGUGGAUGGCUCCGGAGAUGAUGAGCGGGCAGGUAUUGCCUGGUGCUCCCAGUGAUGUGUUCAGCUUCGGGCGUACUAUUCUUGAGAUCAUGACUGGCAAGAAGCCCUUUGCGGAAAUGCGCAACGCCUUCCAGAUCGUGACUGACGUGUGUGCGAGGAAGAACCCCAGGCAGCCGAUGGAGCCAGAGGUCAUCGCCCGCGGUCUCAAUGACGACGUGUGGAAGUUUUGCUUGCGAUGCUGGCAGUUCCAGCCCGAGGCCCGGCCGGGGAUGCAGCAGGUAUUACAGGAAACUGAGUCGCUCCUUUGGGCUCCAUGA